CAGAGUUAACCCUGCAUUUAUUGUGAUUAUUAUAACAAUAAUUCAACUUCAUGUUAAACUGCAUGGAGGCUGUGUGUUACGAAUUAAUCUGCCUUAUUUUUUCACCGGACGCAGCUGAACCACGUCGCUUUCCCGGGCACGGGCCCCUUUCUCGGGGCGAACCCACCACUGCACCUGACCUACAAGAGAACAACCACAUCCCCAACGCGUUACGCUCAUCAUGACUUACCCGAGCAUCCAGAUCUGGACAUCCAUUCCCCGUUCGCCCCUCGUGACGCUGGCGGUAGUUACCCGCUAGAUGGCCGAGUCUCCACUGCAACCUUUACAGUUCAGUCCUUCUUCAAACCUCACUCAAAUUGGCAAACUGUCCGCUCAGCCGCUCUCCAAGCCCUGGCCGACCUGUCCAUCCUCCAACGUCGCCACACCAGCUCAAAUCAAGCUGCUGCUCCUUGCUUCCGUCAAGUCUCAACGUUUCCUGGCAAACGCCUGCGUAACCAAAGAAAAGGAAACCCAGAACGUCUGGCUCCCUCCAAAGGUGUCACAUAUACUACUACACAUGUAAAUUCCUCCUUUCCUCUCUGAGAACAACGCUAAUUUCCUACAACCUAAAACUCAUCUCCCAUGUUGGUUUCCUUAGUGUGCUGUUGGUGCUGCUGCCCGCCGCUCGAACCAGUUUCCCUCCUGCUCAAACCUGUUAAACUAUCUGUGUUCUUGCAUGUGGGUUAAUCGAAUUACACCCGACAUGACAGAGCGACAAGCUGCCAAAUAAAGUAAACUGACCAACAACAUUUAGGUUUAGGACGGACAUACCCCCGCAAACUCACACAGAUGUGUGCUACUUACAAAAUGUUUUGACGCAAAUACCGUUUUUUUGUUGUUGUUUUUAUCUACAAUGUUGUUAAUAGCAAAGAUGGUUUGAUUUUUUUUUUCUUUUACCUAAAAGGAAUAUCUCAAGGUAAAAAUAUAUACUGUAUAUAUAUAUUUUUUAGCAUAAAAAGUAGGGGGGCCGAUUUAUCAGUGCCAAUUUCCUUAAUUUUUGGAGUUCGGUGAUAGGCCGAUUUUUACAUAUGAAGCCGAUCUUGUCCACUGAUCUUAUCGAGCUUGGCAAAUGUGUAAGAAUCAACCUCUGUCCUCUUUGGCUCUCUGGUGAGAAGUUUGACAGACAGACCGGCCCACUAAGUUUUGUCUGCAUGUUUACAAUUAACAAUAGUGACCCCACUAUUGCCAACUCAACUUGCUAUAAUUGAGCAACACUUUCGACAAAAUUGGUAUCGGCCAAAACCGGAAUUGGUCGGUGAGGCUUGUUAAUAGAUUGGUAAUCGGCGCGAAUGGCCAGAAAACUGCAAUAGGUGCACCUCUAAUAAAAUGGUAAGCCUGAAAUACAAACUUCUGAUAGUUUCUUAAAGCCCCGAUCCUGCUGGUGUUUAUUUUGCUGUGAACAGGCAGCAGAUUACUGGUGAUGCUUUGUAAAAGGCAACACUCGAUGGAGCUCUUCCGUUAAAAGUUAACUAUUGUUACUUUUAUGUUAUAUGAAGCCAGAAAAAUGUUAGAAAUUUGCAGUGAUGCACAAUUGUUUUGUGAAGGCGGACAUACACACCUCCUAGACUGUCAUGGUGCUCUUCUUGAUUUUACUUAAGAUUUGUUUGGGCUCCAGUGGCCUUUUAUUGAACUGUAGGCAGAACAGAAAUGGGCCGAAGAGAGAAGUGGAAGCCAUGCAGCAAAUGGUCCAAGACUCGUAAUAAAGUCUUGGAUUACGAGUCCAAGACUUGAUUGCGAGUCUUGGACUCAUAAUCCAGUACAACCAUAUUGAGGACCACAGCCUGCACAUGUGGUGCAUGCUCACCACUAACUGAGCCACCAAGUGUCCCUCCUCUUCCUUUUUGCCAGGUUGCCACAUGUGAGAGCUUCAAGAUCAUCUGUUGCAUUAGAUACGCUGAUGAUAUGAAUCAUCAUCCUGACAAGUUUUGACAGAAGACUUUCCACACAAAUGGGAAUCAAUUGGCUCAUUAUUUGGAGCGUUGCGAUCACUUUAUUUCAGGUUUCAGUUAAGGAGGUCUCCACAGCCUCGACUGUAGAAGAGUCAUCAUGUGUGCCUGGUUUUGAGUCCAAGUUGUUGAUAUUGAAUGUGACCAAAAAGCACCUGAGACAUGGCACAAUACUGGGCAAAGUUGGCUUCACUGACUGUACAGGCCGCACAAGAUUCCUGUUCAGCUCUGAUGACAGCCGUUUUCUGGUCCGGACAGAUGGGAUGUUAAUGGUAAAGAGACGGGUCAUUCUUCAUGAGAGCCACCAGCGCUUCUCCAUCCACUCCUUGAAUGCACAAGGUCAGAAGCUGACUCUUCCUGUCAUGGUUUUGUACCAACGGAUUCACCACAGGAACAACGAGCCACUCAGUCAAACUGAAAUGAGUUCCACCAAUAACACACAGGAUGCUCCACAGGCUCCCAUUCUGUAUUUCCCGAAAUCUAAUCCAGGACUGAAGAGGAGAAAGAGAGGCUGGGUUAUCCCUCCUAUGAAUGUUGCUGAGAAUUACAGAGGAACUUUUCCCCAGCUUGUUGUUCAGAUUCGCUCUGAUAACGAUAAAAUGAAGAAGAUCCUUUACAGCAUCACUGGUCCUGGAGCUGAUCAGCCUCCGGUUGGUCUUUUCAUCAUGGACAGAAACACUGGUCAUCUGUAUUUAACACAGGGACUGGACAGAGAGAAAAAGGACAAGUACACGCUUAAAGCCCAUGCUGUGACAGUGGGAACUACUACAAGUGCAGAGGAACCUAUGGAUAUUAUAGUCAAUGUAAUUGACCAGAAUGACAACAAGCCUAUUUUCAAUAAGACUACAUAUAUGGGAGAAGUUGUGGAGCAGUCAGAAAAAGGUACUGAGGUGAUUCAGGUAGAGGCCACAGAUGCUGAUGAGCCAGAUACUGACAACUCUGAUAUUGGGUACCGUAUAAUGAGUCAGAAGCCAGAGCAGCCCAGUCCCAACAUGUUUACUAUCAACCCAAAAACUGGAGUCAUCAGAGUCAACGAAGCUGGGCUGGACCGAGAGAAAAUCCCUCAGUAUGAACUGCAAGUACAGGCAGCUGACAGGAAAGGAGAAGGUAUGACUGCAUUUACCAAAGUGAUUAUCAAAGUGACGGACAGCAACGAUAACGCUCCAGUCUUUACACAGUUGAAAUAUACGGCCACAGUUGAAGAGAAUAAAGUAGAUGCUCUAGUUGUUAAGAUGCUGGUGACAGACAGUGAUGAGCCUCAUACUGCUGCCUGGAAUGCAAAGUUCAAAAUCAUUGAUGGCGAUCCAGGAAAUCUGUUUACUGUGAAAACGGGAACAAACAAACACGAAGGAAUCAUCACUACUGCUAAGGGUCUGGACUUUGAGAAAGCCAGUAAGCACACUCUACUGGUCACAGUGGAGAAUGAGGCUUCUUUUAUUGCUUCUGUUUCGUUGGUAAUUUCCACUGCUACAGUGGUGGUGACUGUGGAGGAUGUCAAUGAACCUCCCAUCUUUGAAUCAGAAGAGAAGCAUGUGUCCCAAAGUGAGGCCCUUGCUGUGAACAGCCCUGUGGCACAGUACACAGCUUCUGAUCCAGACACUGGACGCAAACAGAGAGUCAUGUAUAAGGUAAUCAAGGACCCAGCUAAAUGGCUCAAUGUCGACGAGGAAACCGGAAUAAUCACAGUGAAAAGCCAAAUGGACAGAGAAUCUCCACUUGUCACAGAGGAGAAAUACACAGCCCUGAUUGGUGCAUAUGAUGAUGAUCAGAUCCCAGCUACAGGAACCGGAACUUUGAUUAUCAAGCUUGAAGAUGUCAAUGACAACCCCCCCAGCAUUGUUGAGCGUGUAUUUGAGAUGUGUAACAAGAAACCAAUUCCUCUCGUGCUGAGUGUAACAGAUAGAGAUGGAAUAGGUUUUACUUUUCCAUACAGUGUCAACCUACGGGACGCUUCAAAGGCUAACUGGACUGCUAAGAUGAACGAGACUGGCACAGGCAUUAUCAUGAAAUUAAAGUCUAAUAUUGAAGAAGGAGACUACAAUGUGGCCAUGAAUGUUCAGGACAGCCAGGGUCUGUCACAGGUCAGCACCGUCACAGCUAAAGUGUGUGACUGCACUGGAACACCAAUCUGCAAGAUAAAAGGACCAAGAGUUGCUGGCUCCAAUAUUUGGGUCAUCGGGGUAGUUCUAUUAUUGGUGCUGGUGGGAACUGUGAUUGCCUUGGGUGUGUUUUUAAAGAAGAAAGGAAAAACUGGAGUGAAAGUUGAAAAAAGUGAUGAUGACGAUGACAGGGAUGAGCUUGUUCUUUCUAAUGAAGAGGGAGGUGGAGAGAGCAUUCAGCAGAAUUAUAGUGAGAGUGUUCUCCACUUUGCUCUGACCAACAAGCCCGACAUGUCCAGGGUCGUCAUGGCUCCUCCACUUGAAAGCGGUCCCCGGUACAGACCUCGGCCCACCGACCCAGAUGAUAUCGGCGGCUUUAUUGACUAUAACCUGAAGGUGGCAGAUACAGACCUGACUGCCCCCCCCUACGACUCCCUGCUGGUGUUCGAUUUGGAAGGAGGCGAUUCUGAGGCAGAAAAACUCUCCUCUCUGUACUCCUUGAGUGACGGCGACCAGAACUACGAUUCCCUCAAAGAAUUUGGCCCUCGCUUCAAGAAGCUGGCCGACAUGUACGGAGGAGGAGAUGAUGACAUGAUGUAAAUGUUCCCACACUGUGAGAAAAAUGGCUGCAUGCAUGCAGUCUAACUGUGACAAUGUGUGAAAUCAAUAUCUGUGUGAUGUGUGUAUUCAGUCCUAUUUUUCCUCUGUAAGCUGUUCAUCAGGAUCUUCAGGUUAAAGCCUUACAUUAGUUUUAGUUCUUCAUUAAUGAUUCUAUUCUUUAUUAUAUUUAUGCACUUGAAAGCUCAGUUUUGCUGGUAUGACUUGUGGAGAACGUAACCAAUAUAGUAAGUACUUGUUUUUUUUUAAAUUAUUAUUAAUCUUUCCAUCAGUGUUUAUUAUUUUUCAGUACAUUAGAAAGUUUGACAGCCAUUGUGCCAUUAACAAGAAUUGAUGAGAUUAAUAUUUUUGGGGUUUUUUGUACAAAAAAAGAUGUCUGAAAUAUUUGAAGAAAACA